AUGGAUAAGAAACAAACUUCCCCGAAGCUUUUACAGGCAGAAUUUCUGCCAGCCAAAGAAAACAACAACGACGCCGAGCCACAAGCGAAGCAAGCGCGGGCGACACGACUAACAUCGGAGCCAGUACGAUUAACGCGAAAGAACUUGGCCCUCUUUAAUAAGAUGGGUAAGAAGAAGACCUCCGACCCCUCGGAUGAUUCGGGAUCGACGAAGACUAUCUCGACUACGGCCUCUGGCUUUGCUAUCCAGGCGUAUAAGAACGGCGUCCUCGAUCCCUCUAGCUCCAAGCCUCCUAAGGACUUGGAGGAGAUCUACUAA